CCGGGCUUCUGCGUGCCCCGCUUCCACGGCACACUCCCUGCACGCGCCCCGCCGACCCGUGCGCCCCGCACUUGUUCAGGCUCGGGUGACGUCGGCGGCUGGGGCGGCACCCGUCCUCCCCGCCUCCCCACAACACGCGCGCGCGCGCAUACACACACAUACACACACCUUCCGAAGGGGGAAACUGAGGCCGGGCGCCAAGGUCACGGCGCGCCUGGCGCAGCGGGCAGGAGGGCGGCGCCCGCGAGGCGCAGGGCCGGGGCGCCGGGGUCGGGAUCCUUGGCUCCGAGCGCCCCGGGCCCCCCGCCUCCGUGGGGCAGAGCCCGCCUCGGGGACGGCGGGCUCGGCUGCUGCAGGCUGACUGCAAGUGUGGAGGGUGAGGUGCCUAGCAGCGAGACCACCACGUCCCUGGACAGCCCGUCAGCCUACCACCAGGGCCCUUUGGUGUCUGCCUCCAGCCUGAGCCCAGACCACUACGAGCACGUGUCCGUGGGCGCCUAUGGGCUGUACUCGGGGCCCCUGGGGCAGCAGCGUGCACGGAGGCCCAAGCUGCAGCACUCGACCUCCAUCCUGCGCAAGCAGGCCGAGGAGGACGCCAUCAAGCGCUCACGUUCACUCUCUGAGAGCUAUGAGCUCUCCUCAGACCUACAGGACAAGCAGGUGGAGAUGCUAGAACGCAAAUAUGGGGGGCGCCUUGUGACCCGCCAUGCGGCCCGAACCAUCCAGACGGCCUUCCGCCAGUACCAGAUGAACAAGAACUUCGAGCGCCUGCGCAGCUCCAUGUCGGAGAACCGCAUGUCGCGCCGGAUUGUGCUGUCCAACAUGAGGAUGCAGUUCUCCUUCGAGGGGCCUGAGAAGGUGCACAGCUCCUACUUCGAGGGCAAGCAGGUCUCAGUGACCAAUGACGGCUCCCAGCUGGGCAGCCUGGUGCCCUCUGAAUGCGGGGACGUGGGCGAGCCAGUCACCCUCAAGUCCCCAGCGGCUUCCAGCGACUUUGCAGACGCCAUCACAGAGCUGGAGGACGCCUUCUCCCGGCAGGUGAAGUCACUGGCUGAGUCCAUUGACGAUGCACUCAACUGCCGCAGCCUGCACACAGAGGAGGCGCCAGCCCCAGACACCGCACGGGCUCGGGAUGCUGAGCCCAAGGCAGCAUUGCACAGCAUGGACCGCCGCGAGCUGGAUGAGAUGACAGCCUCCUACAGCGACGUCACCCUGUACAUUGAUGAGGAGGAGCUUUCACCACCUCUGCCCCUCGCACAGGGAGGGGACCGGCCUUCCAGCACGGAGUCGGACCUGCGGCUGCGGUCUGGGGGCGCUGCUCAGGACUACUGGGCCCUGGCCCACAAGGACGACAAAGCCGACACAGACACCAGCUGCCACAGCACACCCUCACUGGAGCGGCCUGAGCCACGGCUGCGGGCCGAUCACCUCCCACUGCUCACCAUCGAGCCACCCAGCGACAGCUCAGCUGACCUCAGCGACCGCUCAGACCGCAGCUCGCUCAAGAGGCAGAGUGCCUAUGAGCGCAGCCUGGGCGGUGGGCAGCAGGGCAGCCCCAAGCAUGGCCCUCAUGGUGCCCCCAAGGGCCUCCCCCGGGAUGAGCCCGAGCUUCGGCCCCGGCCCCCAAGGUCCCUUGAGAGCCACCUGGCCAUCAACGGCUCGGCCAACAGGCAGAGCAAGUCAGAGUCGGACUACUCAGAUGGGGACAACGACAGCAUCAACAGCACGUCCAACUCCAAUGACACCAUCAACUGCAGCUCCGAGUCAUCCUCGCGAGACAGCCUGCGAGAGCAGACACUCAGCAAGCAGACCUACCACAAGGAGACCCGCAACAGCUGGGACUCACCAGCCUUCAGCAACGAUGUCAUCCGCAAGCGGCACUACCGCAUCGGCCUCAACCUCUUCAACAAGAAGCCUGAGAAGGGUGUGCAAUACCUUAUUGAGCGCGGCUUUGUGCCUGACACGCCGGUGGGCGUGGCCCACUUCCUGCUGCAACGCAAGGGCCUGAGCCGCCAGAUGAUCGGCGAGUUCCUGGGUAACCGGCAGAAGCAGUUCAACCGCGAUGUGCUCGACUGUGUGGUGGAUGAGAUGGACUUCUCUGCCAUGGAGCUGGAUGAGGCCCUCAGAAAGUUCCAGGCGCACAUCCGGGUGCAGGGUGAGGCACAGAAGGUGGAGCGGCUCAUAGAGGCCUUCAGCCAGCGGUACUGCAUCUGCAACCCGGGUGUGGUGCGCCAGUUCCGGAACCCAGACACCAUCUUCAUCCUGGCCUUUGCCAUCAUCCUGCUCAACACAGACAUGUACAGCCCCAAUGUCAAGCCUGAGCGGAAGAUGAAGCUGGAGGACUUUGUCAAGAACCUCCGAGGCGUGGACGAUGGUGAAGACAUUCCCCGGGAGAUGCUGAUUGGGAUCUAUGAGCGAAUCCGGAAGCGGGAGCUGAAGACUAAUGAGGACCACGUGUCCCAGGUGCAGAAGGUGGAGAAGCUGAUCGUGGGGAAGAAGCCGAUCGGAUCACUGCACCAUGGGCUUGGCUGUGUGCUGUCUCUGCCCCACCGGCGGCUGGUCUGCUACUGCCGACUCUUCGAGGUUCCAGACCCCAACAAGCCUCAGAAGCUGGGGCUGCAUCAGCGUGAAAUCUUCCUGUUUAACGACCUGCUGGUGGUUACUAAGAUCUUCCAGAAGAAGAAGAACUCGGUGACUUACAGCUUCCGGCAGUCCUUCUCCCUGUAUGGCCUGCAAGUCUUGCUCUUCGAGAACCAGUACUACCCCAAUGGCAUCCGGCUCACAUCUGCCGUGCCUGGGGCAGACACCAAAGUGUUAAUCACCUUCAACGCCCCAAACCCUCAAGACCGGAAGAAGUUCACCGAUGACCUGCGGGAGUCCGUGGCAGAAGUGCAGGAGAUGGAGAAGCACCGGAUAGAGUCGGAGCUCGAGAAGCAGAAGGGCGUAGUGCGGCCCAGCAUGUCCCAGUGCUCCAACCUCAAGAAGGAGCCGGGCAACGGGACACUGAGCCGGGCCUGCCUGGAUGACAGCUAUGCGGCCAGCGAGGGCCUCAAGCGCAGUGCACUUAGCAGCUCCCUGCGCGACCUCUCAGAAGCGGGGAAGCGAGGGCGUCGCAGCAGUGCGGGAUCGCUAGAGAGCAAUGUGGAAGGCUCCAUCAUUAGCAGUCCUCACAUGCGCCGAAGAGCUACAUCAACACGAGAGUGUCCAUCUCGCCCACACCAGACCAUGCCCAACUCCUCCUCCCUCCUGGGCUCCUUGUUCGGGAGCAGACGAGGGAAGCCCCCUCCCCAGCCCCACCCGCCCUCUGGCCCUGCCCCACUGCCCCCCCACCCACAGCACCACCCAGGGUCCAUGGAGGGCCCGGCGCAUGCCCAUCACGCCCAGUACUGCCACCUGCAGCAGAACCCACCCCCCUACCACCACCACCACCACUACCACCCACCCCAACACAUCCAGCACACCCACCAGUACCACCACGGCCCCCACAGUGGGCACCCUGCCUUCAGCACCCACACCCAUGGCCACCCACCACUGCCUGGAGCCCACACUGGCCACGUGGCCCAUGCAGCGCACCACCAUGGGCAGCCACCCGCCCCGCCACCCCCAGCCAGCAGCAAAGCCAAGCCCAGCGGCAUCAGCACAAUUGUGUAGACAGCCAGGAUGGGGGCUUGGCCUCCCCAGAACCGCCGCACACCACCUAGGGGCUGCCCGGGGCACCUCUGUUUCCAGCUCCCCAGGCCCCUCACAGCCAAGAUGGCACCGAGAGCCCACGGGCCCACCUGCCAUGGGACAGACACCUGCCUGCUGCGGCCUGCGUGCCCUGGCUCCUUUUCCCUGGUGCCAAGGGUGGCUGAGCAGCUACCUUCAGCCUCCAGCGGCCGCCAGCUGAGCAUACAGGGACUGCCGUGUACCAGCCCUCUGCUCGGCGCCCUCUUGCCCCACGUAUAUGAAAACCCAGCAUAGAGAAAGAAGAAAUGAGGUAUUUUUAAAGAACAGAGACAAAACACAACAAAACCCCAAACUUGCUGCAUUAUUGCUCUGUUAUUGACAAUGGGCAAAAAAAAAAAAAAAAUUUAGACCUGAUAUGGUUGAUGAAAAUACGUAAGUAAACUUUAUAUAAUAUAAAUAUAUAAAUAUAUAUAUAUAUAUAUAUAUAUGCUGUAUAGAUAGUAUUUGUGUGUGAAAGACAAACGUUUCAGUACACAACAUUAGCAAUAGAGACCAUCCAACGACCUCCACUCACUUGAUAGGAAGACAGUACUUAGAUGAGUGUGUGAGAAAAUAGACCAAAAACUUCCCUGCCAGGAACAUUCAAAUCCUUCCAUAUUUUCAUACUAAAUAAAU